UCUGUGUUACACUCGAGUCACAUGUCUCCUCUUUAUCUUUGUUCAGUUUUCGUCUACAUAAUCCUGGAACUGCAGUGGAGGCCUGUGUUUUCUGCUCCAGCUCACAAGAGCUGCAGUGAGUUACCCAGCACCGUCUCUCUCUCAAAGCUGCUGCGACAUGAAGCCAAAGACCUACUGAAGCACUAUAUAACAUUUCAUGGACCCAGGUCUAAUUCCAGCUCAGAGGUGGUUCCUGACUCAACGGUGUCCGGGGUCAACGUGUCUGAGAAGCUGCAGGACGUCUACGUCAAGAACGAGCUCUUCCGUUUGCACGUUUUGAAAGUUGUGCAGCAUCACUCAGAAAUAUUUGGAAACAAAGAACCUGUGGCCGGGCCCCUGUCGCGGGUCAAGGACCGACUCUCACACCAUUCAUCUAAAGUAGAGCAUCUUCUCAAGGGCUUCUUUCCUGGCGUGCCUUUGCCAUCGAAGCCGGCCCUGCCGAGGUUGACCGCUGGUCACACUUAUGCUAAAAAAAAUUAUGGAUGGCUUGUCCUUGUCAGACUGAGGGACUGGGAAGAACACGUGCUGCAGCUACUGGAGGAGAUGAAGAACAUGUGUGUCCCGCAGAGGCUGAAACGGCUACUCCACACAUUUAACAGUUUACUCUGAAGAACUUUCUCAACACCUGCGAUAGUAAAGUGACGUCCCCUGACUGUGUGAAUCCACAACUGGAACAAAUAGUCCGAAGAUUUCCUCCUUCAUUUGUCACAUGUUUGUGUUAAAGCCCCGAAACCAAGUCAAAUAUUUAUUUGUUUAAAAUAUGAAUUAUGUGAAUCAAAUUACAUUUAUCGGAAUAUUUAGAUUACAUCUUUAUAUUUAUAUCUUGAAUAUGUCUUUAUUUUCUA